AUGAUGCUACCACUGUUGCGUGUCCGUUGCUGUUCACGGUUGGUCGUCAGCUACGAGGCGCACCUCAAGUCCCACGGAGGGUCUUCGAACGCCUAUACGGCUUCCGAAGACACAGUGUACUACUUCAAUGUAGCCUCGGACCAUCUCGCCGGGCCCGACGGAGCGCUAGACCGCUUCGCCCAAUUCUUCAUCGCACCGCAGGUGGGGGGAGUGGGGGACCCCGCAGUUCUUGACGGAGGGAAUGUUGUGCAGCGCAACAAGUAUCACUGGCUGACACAUUCUGAGGACUCACUAGGGAGUUCAAAAACUGUUUUUCUCGGCGGUUUCUGCAUGAAGUUCACCGAGUCCGCCACGGAGAGGGAACUUAACGCUAUCGAAUCGGAGAACGCGAAAGAUCUAACCUGUGACUACUGGCGGCUCCUGCUCAUAGAGAAUUCCAGGCAUUACGCCGCGAACCAGAUGACUCUUGUCGUACUGGGCAAGGAGUCGUUGUCGGAGCUGCAGCAGGCCGUCGAGGAGAAGUUUUCUGCUGUGCCCAAGCGCGGCUGCGGGCUCCGGCCGUCCUCGGCGUGGAUCGGGAAAGUGAAACCGUUUCUCGACGACCGGGCGAAACCGUUGCAGGCUUUUAACGUGGUCCCGGUUAAGGUGGCUUCCAAGAGUAUCUACACCCUUCUGAAGCGCAUGCUUCCCGCAGAACAUCGUCUCGCGAGGCUGCGAGCUCACGCGACACUUUUGCGCUUCUUGUCUCGACAAUCAUGCGCACCGCUGGUCGGGGUCGCUGCCCUUCAUCUCGCGCACUUGCUCACGAAUGGUGUGUGCGUGUGCCUUGUGUGCUGCACCGGUAAGGAGUACGAGGGUCCUGGAUCGCUCCUGUCGUAUCUAAAGGGCAAGGGCUGGGCCAACGCGCUUAACGCGGGGUGCUCGGCCUCGAACGACGACUUCACCAAUUUUCGAGUCGAUCUGACGUGGGAGGGUCUGCUGAACCGCUUCCAUGUCCUAACGGCGAUUUUCAGCUACCUGGACCUCAUGCAGAAGGAAGGCAUCCCGCGGUCUCUGGCUCCCGAGUUCCGGGUAAUGUCCGACCUAGGCUGGCAGUUCCAGAUCUCAGUCGAUCUGACGCAGGAGGGUCUGCUGAACCGCUUCCAUGUCCUAACGGCGAUUUUUAGCUACCUGGACCUCAUGCAGAAGGAAGGCAUCCCGCGGUCUCUGGCUCCCGAGCUCCGGGUAAUGUCCGACCUAGGCUGGCAGUUCCAGGGAACGGUAGGGUUAGGAUACGCCGUGAGNAGCUUUGUAGGGGUGCGAAGUCAAUGGGCUGACGACCACAACGUGCACGGUUACCGUAUGAGUACACCCCCCAGCCUGCUUCUCUACAUGAGAGUUGCACCUUCCCUGCGGCUACUUGACACCCUAUCCCCCGUUCAUGCCGUAAUCGGUUUUCGUGUUUUUGCUGGCCAGAUCUCAGUCGAUCUGACGCAGGAGGGUCUGCUGAACCGCUUCCAUGUCCUAACGGCGAUUUUUAGCUACCUGGACCUCAUGCAGAAGGAAGGCAUCCCGCGGUCUCUGGCUCCCGAGCUCCGGGUAAUGUCCGACCUAGGCUGGCAGUUCCAGAUCUCAGUCGAUCUGACGUGGGAGGGUCUGCUGAACCGCUUCCAUGUCCUAACGGCGAUUUUCAGCUACCUGGACCUCAUGCAGAAGGAAGGCAUCCCGCGGUCUCUGGCUCCCGAGUUCCGGGUAAUGUCCGACCUAGGCUGGCAGUUCCAGGACAAGAUUGAACCGGACGCAUUGGUCAACUGGCUAGCACCCAACAUGCAGAACUUCAGCAUGGAAACCGCCAUAAGCGGGCCGUGUCGGCUGCAGAGAUACGACGAGAGCCUCGUACACACCCUGUUGAACUCCCUGAGGCCGGACCCGCAAGCGGGUUCGUCUUUGUCCCGUCCCCGGGUCACAGUAACGGCCAAAGACUUCGAAGAAGCUGCCACGGAAAGGGAGAAGUGGUUCGACGUCCCUUACCAGGAAGGUUUCUCUAAUAUUUGUUCCUCGUGGCUUAGUUUUCUACUCUACAUUUUCGUCUGUCUUGGAGGUCGCUGUUGUUCUGUUCGAGGUUGCCAUGACGGCUUUGUAUGGUAGCGCCUUCCGUGUGCGCGAUUCUGCGUGCCUCCCUGCCCCGAUCAUUCAUGCCUCUGCUUUGAUUCCAACACACAGGAAGCGCUUGAAGAGUGGGGGUAAGUCGAACUGGCCGACCAAGUCACUCAAUUUUUUUAGGGACGGCACAGGACAACCAACUUCAUUUUGCAAGAAGCUAAGAGCGCCCGAA